UGUUCGGCGCGAAAUAUACCCAACUCUGUCGGGUACGUACAGUGACGUUUGGCGAUCAACGUGGUGCCAUGACAAGCAAAAGCGUGAUGUUGCGGUCAAGUCAGUGAAAAUUCCAUUUUUGAAUGAGGAUGAGAAAAAAACUAAUGGUUAAAGUAUCAUCUUGGGCGCAUUUACUUCACAGGAACGUUUUGCCACUAUAUGGAAUUGCGCACGGUUUUGGGCACUUUCCGUCACUGGUGACGCCUUGGGUGAACGAGGGGUCGUUGAAUGACUUUAUCGCUGAUCAUCAUUUGUCACUGGGAGGCAAGUUGGAUCUCGCCAAACAGGUAGUAGCUGGCCUUGGCUAUCUACACGCUCAUUCUAUUGUACACGGAGAUAUCUCUGGAUUCAAUAUCCUGGUGGACCAUGAGGGUAGAGCACAGUUAUGCGACUUCGGAGUCAUGUCGUUGCUCGCAGAAAUCCCAUCUUUGGCACAGCCAUCUGGAGGUAUCCGCUCUGCAGUACGAUGGACCGAUCCUCAGUUAUUCGAUGUCCAAAAAGGCGUAAUCAAUCCAUGCAUCCCAACGGAGCAGACUGAUAUCUAUUCAAUAGGCAGUGUUCUCCUGCAGUUGCUCACAGGAUCAAUACCUUACUACGAUAUCAAGGAUAACAUCCGUGUCCUUAUAUUAUCUUCGAGAGGCGUAAAACCCAAAUGUCCUCCAGAAACGAACGUCACUAGUGCACAGUGGAGUUGUAUUCAAAGAUGUUGGUCUCCUUGCGGACUUGCCAGUCGUCCAACUAUCGAGGAAAUAGAUGAGUUUCUCGAGUCUGAGCUACGGAUGGCAGGUAUGCAUUAGCGCACUUGAAUUCCAGUACGUACAUCCACACGUUUCAUAACGCACUCCCAGACAGAAUAUUUCAUGCAGACUGUAUUUUGCUGUACUGCUAGCUUUUUUC